GACUGGACGUAACAACUAUCAAUAGAAAAACGCCCGCUGUAAUAGCGUCUCACCCAUCUUCAUCUUCCCCAUUCUCCGCCCAAUCUCCACCGUCCAUUGGUCCCCAAUCCCUCGAUCUCCUCCAUUUUUCCGCCAGUCCUCAAUUCUCCGACCAGCGGACUCUUCAAAUUCUAGGUUUAUAGACGUUGUUCUUUACUGUACUAAUUUGAAGUGAAGAUGGAUGGUAUGCAUGCGAGCCAAGCACGAAUGAUCGGCCAUUAUAUGCAAGAGCAAGAUCACCAACACCAUCAUCAUCCUGGUCUGCAUCAUCAUAUGAGCAAUGGGAAUGUGCUGGACCAUGAUGAGCAUGGCCACGAUAGUGGUGGUGGAGAAAGUGAAGGUAUGGACGGGGAGGUCUCUGCUGAUCCUGGGAAUUUAUCUGAUAACCAUGGUGCAUUGGUGUCUCAAGGAGGGGGCACUGAGGAUAAUAACCAGCUAACACUCUCUUUUCAGGGCCAGGUUUAUGUUUUCGACUCUGUAUCUCCUGAAAAGGUUCAAGCUGUGCUUCUUUUACUCGGGGGACGUGAAGUACCUCCUAACAUUCCUACGGUUUCAGUAUCCACGCAUAAUAGUGGAGGUUUAUCCAGUACCCCACAGAAGUUCAAUGUCCCUCAGAGAUUGGCUUCACUGAUUAGAUUCCGUGAGAAGCGGAAAGAACGAAAUUUUGAAAAGAAAAUCCGUUAUACUGUUCGUAAGGAGGUUGCUCUAAGGAUGCAGCGAAAUAAAGGACAGUUUACAUCCUCAAAGCCCAGUCAGGAUGAUUCUGCAUCAGCAGUUUCGAGUUGGGAGUCAAACCAAAACUGGGGAGCAGAUGGCACUUCAUCCCAAAUUCAAGAGAUUUCCUGUCGGCACUGUGGUAUCAAUGAGAAAUCGACUCCUAUGAUGCGACGUGGACCACAUGGGCCGAGGACCCUUUGUAAUGCCUGUGGACUUAUGUGGGCUAAUAAGGGAACUUUGAGGGACCUCUCAAAGGCAGCAGCCGUGGGAACAAAUACUCCCCGCAAUAGGAGUGACGAGAAUGGAAAUUUAGAGGCGGAGCAAAUGGUUCUCAGAGCUGCGGCAAAUGGGGAUGAUUUGUGAUGGCCAUUGUCAUAUAGUAUUGACAGAAACAACAUAUGUUAGAUAGGCUGGUUUCCUAUUCAUAUCGUAGUUGAAGUAACGUCUGAAAAAGUUUUGAUUGAGGGAUUGUUAUUGUUCGUUUAUUUGUCCAUGUCCUAAUGAUAAUCAACAGUUUCUGCUUUUUUUCUUUUUCCCUUCACUUCUGGUCCCCACGUGCCCCCAUGUCGUGCCCGAUCCAUCUGAAUUUGCAUUGGUAUUUUAUGUUGGUUUUUGAAGGUGAAUUUCUCA